GAGAUUAAUUUAUUUUUACAGCAACCAGUUUAGUAACUUACUAUAAAACAGGUUUAAGAGUUUCCAUAUCAAACUUUUGACGUAUAACGUGACGAAACUUUUGAAAAUGUGGAAAUUCAUCUCUUUUAAUUUUAGCAAAUGUUUCUUACAACACUUUAUGUCAGCGAUAAAACAAGAAUAUUUAACCCGAGUUGAAGGUUAAGUGAUAAGGUUUGUAAUAAAAUCGUCAUCAACAUUUAUCUUAUAUGUGGUUAGUAGUUGUUGAGUUCUCGAAAUAUUGAGUGUUUGGGAUAAGAAUAGGGAAGGGACAUUAACUAUGGAAAUAUCAUUCAGAGGAAAAAGGGUUCUUGUGACAGGUGCCGGUCAAGGCAUUGGUCGCGGAAUAGCAGAACAGCUGUGGCGUACUGGAGCUAAAGUGGUUGCCGUCUCCCGCACACGAUCACAUCUCGAAACCCUACAGAACGAAUAUCCUUCGAUAGAUAUCGUGGAACUCGAUGUAGGCGACUGGGAUAAGACCAGAAAAGUUAUCGAAUCACUAGGACAUUUCGAUGCCCUCGUCAAUAACGCUGGAAUCGGAUUGUGCCAACCUUUCCUUGAAUGUACACCAGAAGCCUUUGAUACAACUAUGAAUAUUAAUCUGAAGUCUAUCAUCAACGUCAGUCAGGUUGUUGCUAAGAAAAUGAUAGAGAAUAAAACUCAAGGAGCCAUCGUUAAUGUUUCCUCACAAGCAUCUAAGGCAGCGCUUAAAGACCAUACAAUCUACAGCGCUUCUAAAGCUGGACUGGAUGCAAUAACGCGAGCUAUGGCGUUGGAACUAGGCCCAUACGGUAUCAGAGUGAACGCUGUGAACCCAACCGUCAUCAUGACAGCGAUGGGUAGAAUAGGUUGGGCUGACCCGGAUAAAGCCAACACGAUGCUCUCGAAAAUACCACUAGGAAGAUUUGGAGAAGUAUCGGAGGUGGUUGACGCAGUGCUAUACUUGUUGAGCGACAAAGCGAGCAUGAUAAACGGAGUAGAGUUGCCAAUUGAUGGUGGAUUUCUUGCUACAUGAAUAAAUCAUUACAACUCGAAUUUUAAAUAAAAUGUUUUUUUAACUAGAA